GUGUCAUUUGCCAGUCUCGAACGAACCUAGUCUAGAAGAAGUGGGGUUGAGGUGGGGAAACACUAUUGUAUUUGGCAUUGUCAUUUCGCCGUGAAAUAAGUGAGGAAGACAGUGAAAUGGAAGCUGAAAACAUCGUGGAAGAUGUUCCACCAGCGAUUGGGGCGAAUACGAUGCUCAGCCUUGUACGAAGUCGUUCGGAACUAUCGUCCAAUUACCUAGUUGAAAAGGAGCCCUGUCUAAAGUGCUUUGAUUCUUGGCCAGAAUCAGACCAGGUGGAGUUUGUGGAGCAAUUGUUGCAGCGAAUGUGUCACUACCAACAUGGCCACAUUAACUCGUUUUUGCAACCAAUGCUUCAACGAGAUUUUAUAUCAUUCUUGCCCAAAAAAGGUCUUGACCACAUAGCUGAAAAUAUUUUAAGUUACCUGGAUGAUAGUAGUCUUAGAAAUGCCGAACUAGUCUGCAAAGAAUGGAGGCGUGUGAUUGCAGAUGGAAUGUUGUGGAAGAAACUUAUAGAAAGAAAAGUGCGAACAGAUUCACUCUGGAGAGGCUUGAGUGAACGGCGAGGAUGGGGUGCAUAUCUUUUCAAACCUCGUCCCGGUGAACAACAGCCAGACCAUUCCUUUUAUAGAAAAUUGUAUCCACGUAUACUUAAGGACAUUGAACAAAUUGAAAAUAAUUGGCGGUGUGGCAGACACACACUGCAACGAAUAAACUGCCGAUCAGAAAAUUCGAAAGGCGUAUACUGCUUGCAGUACGACGACCGACGCAUUGUCUCUGGUUUGAGAGACAACACCAUUAAAAUUUGGGAUCGGCAGACUCUACAAUGUGCAAAAGUUCUCACCGGACAUACUGGAUCAGUGCUUUGUUUACAGUACGAUGAGCGUGUGAUAAUUAGCGGAUCGUCUGAUUCAACUGUGAGAGUGUGGGAUCUCAGUAGUGGAGAAAUGGUCAAUACACUCAUUCACCACUGUGAAGCCGUCCUUCAUUUACGGUUUGCUCAUGGGCUCAUGGUCACGUGUUCCAAGGACCGAAGUAUUGCAGUAUGGGAUAUGGUGAGUCCCACCGAAAUCAACCUCCGUCGUGUACUUGUGGGUCAUCGUGCAGCUGUUAAUGUCGUUGACUUUGAUGACAAGUAUAUUGUCUCAGCUUCGGGCGAUCGAACCAUCAAGGUCUGGUCAACGGCAACCUGUGAGUUUGUCCGUACCCUAAACGGACACAAGCGGGGCAUAGCCUGCUUGCAAUAUAGAGACAGACUAGUUGUCUCUGGUUCUUCCGAUAACUCAAUUAGGUUGUGGGAUAUUGAAUGCGGGGCUUGCAUACGCGUAUUGGAAGGACACGAAGAAUUGGUUCGAUGUAUUAGGUUCGAUUCCAAGCGCAUCGUAAGUGGAGCAUACGAUGGAAAAAUCAAAGUGUGGGAUUUACAAGCGGCACUGGACCCCCGGGCACCAGCUGGAACCCUUUGCCUUCGAACCCUCGUGGAACAUACCGGCCGAGUAUUUCGACUCCAGUUUGAUGAGUUCCAGAUCGUAAGCUCUUCGCACGAUGACACGAUCCUCAUUUGGGACUUUCUUCACACAGAUUCGCCUUCUAGUUUAACGCCAUCAUCACGUACCUCACCCCAGCGCACUUACACCUACGUGUCCAUGUAAAGCUUCUCUAGGUCGAGGACAAGAGAAACA